GAUGCCGUUACCACAAGCACUUAUUUAUAGUGACCGGGGAAACCCAAAAUAUGAGGUGACCAACAUUUUACGGUGUCCUGUCAUCAAAUUCGUCGGGUAUAUGGUAUCCUACGUAACAUUUCUCACGCUAAUCACCGUCGCCACCUUUCGAUUGGACCGUAGCGAUCUGACUGAGGAGGACGAGGAGAAUUGGGAAAUUCGGUCAGCCGAAAUCUGGAGCUACGAUUUUCGGACAAGCAACGUUGUAAUGACUAAAAUUCAAAUUAUUCUGUUAUUUUGGAUGCUAGGUCAACUGGGAAUGGAAUGCAAACAAGUGUAUUAUUACGGACUGCGGUAUUUCUUUCGCAGUUACUACAACAUCAUGGACUGGGCUGCUAUCGCGCUCUACCUUGCCUCCUACUCAUUAAGAAUUAUUGUGGAUUUUAAAGUUCAGACCGCACGAGCCAUGUAUAUAAAUGAACUACGAAUUGCUCAAGGUCUGUUGGACAACUCCAGCCUCUCCACCACUCGCCCAUAUUCAGAUUCCAUGCCCACAAUACACGAUGAUUACGUGGCAUAUCGUAAUCAAAUUCUCACUUCCUCAUCAGCAUACUGGCUCCGGGGAUGUCGCCUAUGGUGGGCACCGGACGAUCCGGAAUACGUGUCCGAUUGCCUUUUUGCCUUGGGCAAUGUGUUAUCCUUCGCACGCAUUAGCCAUUUAAUGCCUGCGUGGGAACUGUUAGGCCCCUUACAGAUUUCAUUGGCUCGCAUGGUGUCCGAUAUCAUCCGAUUUAUGGCGUUAUUCAGUGUGAUGGUGAUCGCAUUUGUUGUCGGGUUGACCAACCUGUACUGGUAUUUUGCGAACAUAAUCGUUUCGGUGGAUAUGCAAGGAAGGUUAAUCCGAUACGCCAGUGGUAUCCCGGCAUUCCGCAGCACCGGAGCCACUUUUUACACUUUGUAUUGGGCUCUUUUUGGCCAAUCUUCCAAUAAUGUGACCACAAUUGACGAGAAUUUGGCCAAACUUUAUCCUGGACAUGCCAUGUUGGCGGUGGAAAGUAGCCCACUGAUGAUCAACAACUUGGGCAGCGUGUUGUACGCCAUUUACAACGCAUGCAUGACAAUUAUACUACUGAAUAUGCUCAUUGCGAUGAUGAGCAAGUCGUUCGAUGAAAUACAAGGUGACCGCUUAGAAGAAUGGAAAUUUGCUCGCGCUAGUCUGUGGAUGGUUUACAUCGACCAGGAAGGUGUCUUGCCUCCCCCGUUGAACCUGCUACCAUCGCGUGAGGUCUUGUCUGCUUUCUUCAACCGCAUCCGUGGCACCCUUGCCUUCAGUACUCGUGAAGACACCUUCAUGAUCAAAGCCAACGCACUCAACGACAAAGCACCAUGGCGUAAUGUCGUGUGGGCCAAUCAGUUCCAGAACAGAACCACGGAUUCCAAUUGUCCGUCACCGAAGUUAGAUUUGAAGAAGAACGUAACCACGACGACUGUCAGCACAGCAGUGGAUUGUUCGUCCCCCGUGCAUUCCAACAGCUGGGUAUCAGACGAUGAGGAGACAUUGCAGGAAGAUCCGGAAAAGGCUAUGAAUGACUUCAAGCACUUCACCGAUACGAUGAGAGCAAAUGUGUUACGUCGGUUCUUGUUCAAGCUCCAAAAACAACGAGAAGCCGAAAAUAAAACAGCUGAUCUGUCCAUAAUCAAUUACCAAAGACAACAGGCUCAGAAGGCGUCGGAGAAAGACAAUAAACGUAAACAGGAGACGAUGCAAGAAGACGAUCAUGCACAAAGAGAAGGGAAGUUACGCCAAGUGAACGACAUGGAACCUAGCCAAGAGCACUCAACACGACCGGAAUCUGAUGCAUGCGAAGACACUCACCUGAGAGGGUUGAGCAGUCUGCUGAUGCCUCCAUCGGUGCGAAAAAAGUUGGAGGCUGUAGCAGCUGCCAGCAGUGGUGACAAUGACUUGGAUGGGAAAGCUGCGACCGAAGCGGUUGCCCGAUACUACAUGUUGGAGACUACACGUAAACAGGCAAAUUCCCACACCGUUGAGUCUACUCACUUUGAACGUAACACAAAGUGGAACACAAGUUCGUGGAAGCCCAAUCCGGACGACUUGUUCACCGCGCGCACCGAACGGCCAAUUAAGGGUAUUCACCUGCGGGAGCUGUACAGAGUGGAACAGGAAUUGAAUGACAUGGCCGAGGCCUUAUCAUCCCACUCACUCUCUGAAGCUACUAUAUCAGAAAUUAACGAGUUGGAAAAAAUUUGA